AGAAACCCCCAUUAUAUGUGCACUGUUAUCGCCACGUUUCAAACCAAAAAACAAUGUUGGACACUUAUCAUUCGCGGAAAAAUGUUCCUCCAUUUGCUUUCCUAUACUCAAGUAAUUCAAUUCAGCCAACAGCUGGAAGGUGUAUACUAGUAAAAUGUAUGUAUCUAUAUGGAGAAUCGCUAUUAAAAUACAAAUUUUUACACUGAAGCAUAAAACACUUUUAUUUUCAUCUUUAUGCACCUCACUCGCGCUAUGGAUUCUACUUUCUCUGAGCACAAACCUUCCGUCGUCUGAUCAGAUACAACUCAAAUCAAAUCAAGAUGAACCAUUGGCUUACACAUGCUGCACACCGUCAAACAAGAUGUCAUUACGCACAAAUGUGUACUUUGUAAAAACCCACAAAACAGGAAGCACAACCGUUAAAAAUGUCAUAUUGCGAUUCGCUUUUAGGAAUUCGCUUGAUGUAAUGGACAUAAAUAUUAAAACAUACAGCUUGCCAUUUUCUGAUGCAUCCAUACAUCCCCAUGCGAAGACACCAAACAACAAAUAUCACAUCAUGGCACAACACGUCAGGUACGAAUCUGCAUUAAAAUCGUAUCAGUAUCCGAAUACAUCGAUGGUAACAAUUUUACGACACCCUGCAACGCAAUUUCAAUCCAAGUACGAAUUUUGUGCAAUGAGUAAGACAACAGGAAUGAGCUUGCAACAAUUUUUAAAUGCUCCGGUGCAACCAUCAGUUUUGCAGAGCCCUGCAGGUUCAAGUGCGUACAAAGGAUACAAUCAAAUCAGCGUCGAUUUGGGAUUCGAUGUGAGCCAAAGUAAGAACCAGACUGCCAUCGCCGAAUUUAUCCGAAAAAUAGAUCGAGAAUUCGAUUUAGUUAUGUUAAUGGAGCAUAUGGAAGCGUCGAUGAUAUUACUAGCUAAUCUGAUGGGAUGGCCAUUGGAGUACGUAGCUUCUUUGAGAUUGAACUCCAGGAAUUCCGAGUCAGAACCCUAUAAAUUGACCUUACGCGACGAAAUCACCAUCAUGAAUCUAAACCAAGUGGAUACUCUGUUAUACAACCAUUUUAGCGAUAAAUUUCGGAAAUGCGUGCGACAAUAUGGCGAACAAAAGAUGAAUGAACGGAUCCAGCAAUUGAAAAUUAUCAAUGAAAAAUUCGCGCACAGAUGUAUAGGCGAAGAAAUCAAGAAACCAUUGUGGUACGGUGGUUCGGAAAUGAUCGAAUAUAAGCCAAAGAAUGCAUCGGAUGUAGAAUGCGUUUACGCAGUUGCGUCCACCUUUGCACUCGCAGAUAUUCUCAAGAAGUACACAAUGUCAAAAACUGGAUGGUUCGAUAGAGAAUGGAAUUUUUACAAUUUUUUCAUUAAAUAGUACGAAGAAGUACUGCUGAUUUACUCAUUUGAGCGAUUAAUUUUCUUCACAAAAUGAACUUUCAAUUGGAUUAAAAAAAUUGAGAUCAUGGUAGCCAUACCUUCAACAUGUUGUGUUCGUCUGCCGAAUCGUAAAACAAAAUUAUUUUUUUUUGGGGGGGGGGGUUCAUAAUAUUCCAAAAAGAAAUUCCUCAUCAUCACCCCUCCCCCCUCCUUAAUUCUCACACACAUCUGAAGAACUACUAAGGUCUCUCCACACAAAUACGAAAUUUCAAAAUUUCUAGCAUUUUAUAUAAAACCACCAUCGAGAAGUUUAUCGAAGAAAUAGAUCGUCGAGAAUAUGAUUUAGUCAUGAGAUAAUGGAGCAAAUGGAGGCGUCGAUGAUUUUACUCGUCAACUUAAUGGGUUGGCCUUUGGAAUAUGCGGCGUUUUUGAAACUGAAUGCGAGGCCUCCAGGAUCGAACAAUCACACGAUGAGACCACAAGAUGAAAUAACUACAUACAAUGAAUCUCAAUCGUGUAGACUCUCUGCUAUUUAUAGUCACUUUUUGAAGAAAUCCCAAAAAUGUGUCCAGCUAUACGAAGAAGACAAAACGAACAAUCAAAUUCUACGAUUGAAAGCCAGCAAUGAACAAUUUAGAGAGAUAUGUGUAGCUCAAGAAAUUAUCGACAGUAAUCGAUUUGAGAAAAAUGAUGAAUAAUUUUAUGGCGUUUAUUCAGAAAACUAGAAUCAUUCAAAUGUUUUUUGAGACUCUAGACGAGUCGAGUUGAAAGCACCCACAGUCAACUCAGUAUGUUGAAAUUAGGCUUUCCAGGUUAAUUUGGGAAAAUUUAGAUUUUUCGCCAUUUUUUGAACCAGAUUUGAUUUUUAAAAGUUCACCAGGAAUUAAAAUUCGGUUAAUGGAAUGAAAUAUGCUGGGACAGAACAUUUGUAUCUUCUUGCAUGCAAAUUUUUUCGCUUAUUGGAAUAAAAAGAGAAUUUCAUUCGGUUAAUAGAAUUAAAAAAUCUUCAAAAAUGGGAAAAAAUUAUGAAUUUUGGCAAAAUUGAACAAAAUUUGAAUAAAAACAUGUAAAAAUGGCAUAAAAACGCGAAAAUAAAUAUUUUAAAUAGGUAAAAAUGGGUAUAAGAUGAUAGAAUUUUUUUUUAAUUUUAUAAAAAUCGUUCAAAUAAGUGUUCAAAACAUAUUAAAAGGCUAAACGUGACUAAAAAACCAAAAAAGUAUUAGAAGUAACUUCAAAACACAUCAGAAAGUGAUAAAAUCUCAACAUAAUUUGGAAUUUUGCAUUUUUUAUCCUUCCGCAUUAUAGAAUACUCCGGUUUAUAGAAUCAAACAUAUACCUGGUCCCAAAUCGAUUCUAAUAAGCGGGACUUACUGUAGUAGUAGUAGUAGUAGUAGUAGUAGUAGUAGUAGUAGUAGUAGUAGUAGUAGUAAUAUUAUUUAUUCAAUCUGAUACUUGAGUAACAUUCAGACAAACACAGGUGAAGAGGGGUUUAAACCUCUAAAAAUUAAAUAAAUUAUAUAAAUCUAAAUUUUAGGUCACUUAUCAAUAUAUAUAUCGCCGAAUGUUACUUACUUACUUACUUACUGGGUGAUAGAAAUUAUUAGAGAAACUAUGAUAGCUAGAAAGCUCAAACUUGGGGUGUGGAAAGGUGUGGAUAACAGGUUGUCAGGAAAAAUCUAAAAACUUUGAAAAGUUAAUUAGGAAAGCUUCUAGAGCGAGUUGAAAGUUGAGAACUUAUACAGCCGAAUCCAGUAAAACGACGUUUUGGAACGUUUAGAGAUGUUCAACAUGUCAUCAUGCACUAAAACCGGUUUGGUUGGCGAGUAUUCUGUGGCUCUUUCGCGAAUACCUGACUGUGGUAUCUCACAACAAUACAAAAAAUCGCCUCUUCCUCUUCACCCUACAUUUGAUUUAAAGCAUUUCACGAUACAAUGUAUAUUUUUUUUGCCGUUUCCAAACACUCUACAACACCAGACACAUGCAUCAAUGAUAUGAAUAAGACAAUAAUUAACAGCCAAGCCUUAUUGUACACAAUUUCCACGAAAACCAGAUCACAUAGGCUUACAUACAUUACAUACAUACAUGUAUACAUUAUGCACCAGUAACUCUGAAUUUGCAUUUCGAAGGAAGGAAGGGAGGGAGGGGGUGAGUUGGGAAACACAGAAAGGAUAGAUAGAGAUAUUAGAUACAUCAGAUUUUAGAAUAUUUCGUCUGCAUUUUAAGAACUUGAAAAAACAAUGUUUGAAAUCUUAUUCAUAUUGAAAUAGAUUUUUACUUAUCACUCAAGAAAAAAAUCAUUAAAGGGUGCCCCUGUUGUGAUAAGUGAAUAAUUCGGUGAUGAGAUAUCGUGGGAAAUUGUAAAAUAGGAAAAAACAUGAGAAAUUGAUUCUCAAAAUGAGAAAAAAAUGCAUGAAAUUUUGAUAUUUCGACCAAAAAAGUGAGAAAGUGAAGAGAUUUUGAGAUUUGAGUGGCUUUACUCUUAAAAAAAUUAUAAUAAUAUCGGACCAUUUUUUAUACCAAAGUUUUAAAAUUAGCAGUUGUGAUUUUUAUUUUUUCCUCACUUUUUUCUUUUUUUGUUUUUUUAUUAGUAGGUACUUUUUUCGUAAUUUUAAUUUCAAAAAAAUGGGAAAACCAAGGGAAAUAAUAUCAUGAAUUUUUGUCGGAAAAAGUGGGGAAUUUCCCGCUUCUAAAAUCGAAGAUAAGGGGGAAAAUACAAUUUUGAUGUCCCAUCACUGAGUGAAUAGGUUUUUUAAAGCCCAAAUUUUGAAAAUAUUCAUAUGUUCAAGAAUAUGUUAUCAAAUUAAUAAAUCGCAGAGUAUCUUUUGGGGAACCAAAAAAAAAAAAAAAAAAAAAAAUAGAAUUUUAAA